UGAUCAUUCCAACAGUCCUCUCGUGACAUCAAGUUCAAUGGCGGCGCUCGCAAGGAUCGGUGGCCGGCACCUGAAAUCCGCCGGCUUAAUUAACUCCUCCGCCUCGUGUUUCUUCACUCAACGCCGUGGAGUUGCGUCCAAGCUCUUUGUUGGCGGUUUAUCGUUUUACACCACAGAGCAAGGAUUAUCUGAGGCAUUUUCCAAAUGUGGUCAAGUUGUUGAAGCACAAAUAGUAAUGGAUAGAGUCUCCGACAGAUCCAAAGGUUUCGGCUUUGUGACCUUUGCUUCGAGUGAUGAAGCUCAGAAAGCUUUGAUGGAGUUCAACGGACAGCAAUUAAACGGCCGUGUGAUAUUCGUUGACUACGCAAAGCCGAAGCAAAUUCUUGGUGGUGGCGGCUUUCCAAUAGCUAGAGGACCGCCUGAGCCAGCGGUAGUAGCUGUUCCAACGACUGAUACAUCUAAAAGCGACUAACAGAAUCGGAAAUAGCAAUAUAAUGGAUACUUCUUCUAGUGUUUUUGGAUUCUACUUGUGAUAUGAUGAGCAAGCUUCGAUAUUAUUAGGCUUUCUAACUUGCUCUUCUCUUAA